AUGUGCAGCCAAUCAACUCAAUCUCCUUCCUUUUCAGUGAUUUCUGAGGCCGACAGCGAGAGGUGGUCUAAUGAGAACGAUAAAUUUUUUCUGCUACUUCUCUCCGGGUGGGGUUUGCCCGGUUUUGUCUCGGGUUCCCCCGCUGUGGAGGAAGCUUACGGGGCUGUGGUGAGCAUCGUGUCUCCAGGACAGCAGUAUCUGACCGGGGAAUCCCUUCACUCCCUCUUUAAUACACUGGAGAACCGUGUGCACUGCGGCGAAGUGCCGUGUGAAAAGUGUGAUCUUGCAGAUGCCGUUCAUCAGCUCAUAAGCAAUCCCGACGUCCAAAAUGAGGAAGAAACUAGAAGAAGCAGAGUAAAUGUGGCUGUCACUGUAUCUCAGUUCACGGCUCUCGCCUCUGGCUGCGUCCUUUACCUUUCUUCUCCUGGUCUGGUCUGCACAGCGAUAAAAACAGGAACAUGGGGAGAAGAGACUGAAAAUUUCCUGCACAAAUUCACACAUAAUGAUCCCCAUGAACACAACAGUGAGGCAAACCAUGACCAUGAACACAUAGACGUCCAUGGAUUAGAAGGUGUCAUUCAAGAGCUUCGAAGCCACUACGAGCCCACAGAAAGUGAGAACUGUAUAAGCGCUAGUGACAUCAUGGCACUGGUCAACGCAUCAUCAGGAGACCAGAAAGAGGAAGUGGGUGCGGUUUUGGGAUAUGUGCUGUAUCACGCCCUGCAAGGUCACUGCUUCACUGAUCAGUCCCUGCCUGAUGAGAGCUUCUUCGUGAACUACAUCAUGGAGCAACUCGGCUCAGAAAAUUUUACUGUCCUGGACCUAAAGGCUCUCAUGAAGAGCCUGAAUAUCGGACCUAGCUCGGAGGAAGACCAUGGACAUGAGCACACAGCAGAUGAACACGCCGACCAUGAUGACAGUGUCCAGAGAUGGAGGAAGAGAAGCAGUGACAGUGUUGAGGGACGUGAAAGUAAUAACACUUGGGAACAGCGUUGUUUCUCUGCCGAAGAACUGGUCCAGAUCUACGGCCUGGCAGGGAAUAGCUCUGCCUCCUCUGGUCUGGGUCGGCCUGGCGUGGCUCAGCUCAGCCCUGCGCUUGUCCAGCAGAUCCUGAGCGGAGCCUGUGCAGAUAUUACAGAUCCAGAAAAACCAGAUGGGCUCUCCAAGGCUGAGAGAUACCUCUAUGCAACCAUCGCCAAUUUGCUGAUAACAGCGAUAUCCAUGUUUGGCAUUGUGGUGUUGCUGUGUGCCGCCUGUACCAGUAUUUUCCAGAUGUGCAUCCAGUUUUGCAUCAGCCUGGCAGUCGGUUCACUGACUGGAGAUGCCCUAUUGCACCUGAUGCCAACAUUUCUGGGUUUGCACGUGCACUCAGACAACGGUGGCAGCAGCGAAGAUUCAAGUCACAGUCAUGAGGAAGAAACUCCGGACUACGUAUACAAGAUGCUGGUACUGAUUGCAGGGAUCUACUGCUUUUACCUGAUGGAAGUUUCCUUCUCUCUGAUCACAUAUGGUGAUAAACAUCACGACCAUAAACAUCACCAUGGGGAAGACUCUGAGCCUCACCACUGUGACCAUGGGAGAGUUUUAGAGAUGUAUCAACAGGAACAGAAACAAAAAGACAAGUCACAGUCCAUAUCCAAAGCAGACCUGCAGCGUCUGCUGCCUUAUAUGAUUACGAUCGGUGACACGAUCCACAACUUUGCAGACGGAUUAGCGCUAGGUGCAGCUUUCGCCCUGUCCUGGAAGUCUGGUCUGGCCACGUCACUGGCUGUACUCUGCCAUGAGUUACCGCAUGAGCUCGGUGAUUUUGCCAUUUUGCUCCACUGUGGCCUGUCUGUCCGCAGGGCCUUAGCUCUAAACAUCGCCAGCACCCUGACCUCGUUCAUCGGCAUGUACGUCGCUCUGUCUGUAGCCACUGACCUCGCUACCAAGCAAUGGAUAGGUGCCAUUACUGCAGGGCUCUUUCUGUACGUGGGACUCGCUGACAUGCUGCCCACCAUGAUCCAUAUCAGCAACAAGAAACCCUGGCUGACAUUUCUGCUGCAGAAUGUCGGCCUUUUGGCAGGGUGGGGUAUUUUGUUGUUGUUGUCUCUUUAUGAAGAGAAGAUAAGUUUUUAA